GAAAAGGUGUAGGCUCAGGUUUAGAAACUUAAAUAAAAAUGAUCUUCCUAGUUUUCCUGUUAAUAAGUGAAUUGUAUAUUAUAGGCGGUAGCAAUGACGAUGGGGGUGAAUCGUUUGCUUUCGAUCGAAUCAAAGAUGAAAUAAAGAAUUACACAAAUAUUGCAAACGCAAUCAUCAAACUUUCGCUGUACGGAAAAGCCCAGAAUCAGUCGUACGACAGACUGGCGACAUUCGUGGAUAAAUUCGGGAGCAGAAUAUCUGGUUCCGACAACCUGGAACAUGCUAUCGACUACAUGAUGGAUGCACUGAAAAACGACGGAUUAGACAACGUGCACGGGGAGCCGGUGGAAGUUCCUCACUGGGUUCGUGGGAACGAAUCUGCUAUAAUGCUAUCACCACGGUUACACCGCAUGUCGAUAUUAGGACUCGGCAGUAGCAUAGGCACGCCGCCAGGUGGAGUCACUGGUGAAGUAAUUGUGGUGAAAUCCUUCAAGGAGCUGCACGCUAGAGCAUCAGAAGCUAAAGGAAAGAUCGUCGUCUACAAUGAAGACUUCGUGGAUUAUGGAACCACUGUGGCGUAUAGAGAGAACGGAGCAGUGGAGGCAGCUAAAGUCGGAGCCGUGGCUUCUCUCAUUAGAAGUGUGACAGACUUUUCAAUAUACAGCCCGCACACAGGGUUGCAGGACUACGCAGCUGGUGUUCCUAAAAUCCCGACGGCUUGCAUCACUGUCGAAGAUGCCGAAAUGAUGCACAGGAUGUCCAAAAGAGGAAACAAAAUCAUCGUCCGCCUAACAAUGGACGCCAAAACGAUGAAUCGUUCAGCCAUAUCGCGAAAUACUGUAGCAGAAAUCAAAGGAAGGACUCACCCAGAACAGGUGGUUCUUGUGAGCGGCCAUCUUGACAGUUGGGAUGUCGGCCAGGGGGCCAUGGACGACGGUGGGGGAGCUUUCAUAUCAUGGCAAGCUCUUUCGCUGAUUCGACAGCUUAAUCUCAGACCAAAGAGGACAUUGCGGGUUGUUCUGUGGACGGGAGAGGAACAAGGUCACGUGGGAGGUAAAUCGUACUGGAGCAAGCACAGUGAUGACGUCAGAAAUUAUGACCUCGUUAUGGAGUCGGAUGGUGGCACGUUCACACCUCGUGGAUUACAGUUUUCCGGGAACAAGGCAGCUACCGCCGUGAUGGCAGAAGUGCUCAAAUUGUUAGCGCCCAUAAAUGCAAGUAGCCUGGUGUCUCCUGCGGAUUCUGGAGAUGUGGCAGGUUUUAUGGCGGCGGGGGUGCCAGGCGGUAGCUUGUACAACGAGAAUGAGAAAUACUUCUACUUCCAUCACACAGAUGCUGACACGAUGACAGUUCAAGACCCUGUUGCCAUGAACAUGGUUUCUGCGCUGUGGUCUGUAGUUGCCUACGUAGUUGCAGACUUAGAUGAUAUGUUACCGAGACACACGCGUACAAAAUUUAAUGUACACUGAAUUAAUAGAUUUCAUUGAAUAUUAUUGUUAUUAUUUUGUAUACGUAACAGCAUUGCUUUAUGGUUUGCCGUUAUUUGUGUAUGUUGAUAUGUUUUGGUUGUGUUUUUAAAUGUUAGUUUUUUGUUUUUUAAUUUCAAAUAUAAUUACUAUUUAGCUAACUAUUUUUUUGUCUUUGAAAAAUUAUAAAUUUGGUUUCGAUACAAUCUGACACGUUACCGACAGACUCCAAAUAAUAUAGAGGAUAAUAAUUAAACGAGUUACCAGUUAUUAUCAAAUUUAUGUCCCUAGUGAAAUAAUUUUCAGUUCUCACGAGCUUUAGCGAUUUUACACAAUUUCUGACUGUUAUACAUCGAUAAAUUCGCAGAAAAUAACAGUUUCUUUCUCUGUUUUUAUUUUAAACAAUAUUUAUUCCAUCUUUAUAUGGUAGUGGGUCUAAUAUAACCCUAUAUUAGACCACAAUAUAUCAUCUCCGGCCCAAAACAGUCUUGAGUCUGGAGAGUGUGAUGUAUUUUGACGUCUGCGUCCGUAUCUGUUACGUGCUAUCAAUAUAAUUGACUGCGUUCAUUUCUUUUGAUAUAUUUUCUUCUAUAAAUAUCAACAAUAAAUACGAGUAUUUCACAUUGCUUAAUA